CCACUUUAAAGAGGGGGCGUCCUUCCUCUUUCCUAUCUCCAAUUUUCCCUCGAGCUCCUCAUUUCUUUUCUAUUUUUCUAUUUUUUCACCCAUUCGAUUGGGGAGGCAAAAUAUUUUGUUUUUAUUAUAUUUAGAUGUUUUUAUAGGACAAACUCCACAACAAUUAAAUACUUGAGUCAGUUAGGUGACAUUUUGAAAAAAGUUUGAUAAAAGUUUGCCCAGGGUUUGCCCAGGGUAAUGUUCCUGCACUUACUGCGCAUGAUCUUGGUAGAAAUUGGCUCGCCCUAGCUCUCCGUGUUUACGUUUUUAAUAAUUUCGCGCGGAAACCAUCGAACACACGUGUUCGGAUUAGAACUGCACUUGCGCUAAUAACGUACGCAGUGUGUAUACAUUAUCAGCUGUGCAUAUAUCGACGUACAGUACCCUACUGUGUAGUCUAGUGAGCGGUGUUUUCGAAUCGAAAUGGCGACUUUAUUUUCAUACUUUUCCAAGCUACCCGGCAAAAAGACCGAGAAAACAUCGCCAAAAGCAGGUGACAAGGCAGAGACAGAUAAAUCGGUUUCACCGAAAGAAAAUGCCAAAGAAAAACUGUCGACAAGUCCACCAUCGAAGUCAAAAUCUGAGAUUACAAAUGGCCAUCAGACAUUCGCCCCAGGGGAUCUGGUGUGGGCCAGACUGGAAGGCUACCCAUGGUGGCCCAGCCUUGUCUGCAACCACCCAACCCUAGAGAAAUGCACCAAGAAGGAAGGCAGGAAAGGCCUCGUUCAUGUCCAGUUCUUCGAUGACCCACCAAGUCGUGCUUGGAUCAGUGAUAAAUUUAUAGAGGGCUACAACGGGAGCCGAGCCAAGGAGUGCCAAUUUGGAUGUAAGUUCCAUACCACCAAACCAGACGUCAGGAGAGGGAUGGACCAGGCCGAUGAGGCGCUGAAGAAGGACCGGGAGGAGAGGAUGGAGCUUGUUGUAUGCCAGGUACCAUCGGAAGAUGAGGAAGACGAGGAGGAGGAGGAAGACGAGAUGGAGGUUGAAGAAGAGGCAAGUGAAGGCAGUGCUAGUGAGGAGGACAUCACCAUUAGGAGACGAAAGCCAAGAGCUGCUGCCAAAAAUGCCAUGAGCACCCAAAAGAAGAAACGAAGGAGAAUCAGGGUUGCUUCGGACAGUGAAAGCUCAGGGGAUGAGUUCAAGCCUGACAGUGAUGAUGAAUCUGAAGGAGCUGUGAGCAGCGGACUGGAUGAAGAUGAAAUCUCUGCAUCAGAGACAGAAUCCGACCCAGAAACCCCAAAGAAAGCUAAGAAACGAAAGAGGGGUUCCACCUCCACUGUCACGCCUUCCACCAACAAGUCUGCGAAGAAGCCUCGCAGCGUCCUGACCCCGUUUUCUAUGGACCACUCAGACUCCGCUACCCCACCCUCGAAGAAGACUUUUGGUACACCCUCCGGCCAAUCUUCCAUGGACCGCCCAGACUCCGCUACCCCACCCUCGAAGAAGACUUUUGGUACUCCCUCCGCCCAAUCUUCCAUGGACCGCCCAGACUCCGCUACCCCAACCUCGAGGAAGACUUUUGGUACACCCUCCGUCAGCUCCACUACCAAAUCAAGGCUCUCUGCAUUCCAGUCUCCAGCUCCUUCAUCUCCAUCUCCAUCCCCUGCCGCGGAUUCAGAAGAAACACGCUUUCCCCACCAGAGGCAGGAGUGGCUUAAACCAGGCAAAAGGAAAGACAUCAAAGGUAGACCAGAGCAGGACCCAGAAUAUGAUUCAAGUACUCUCUUUGUACCAAAGUCUUUCAUGGACAAAACGACUCCUGCUAUGAGACAAUGGUGGGAAAUGAAAUCCAAGUAUUACAAUGCUGUCCUCUUCUUUAAGAUGGGUAAGUUCUAUGAGCUGUAUCACAUGGAUGCUGAGGUAGCAGUCAAGGAGCUUGGGCUUAUCUUCAUGAAGGGAGAGAACGCUCAUUGCGGCUUCCCUGAGAUAGCCUUCAGUAGGUACAGUGAGACGCUGAUCCAGAAGGGAUACCGCAUCGCUAGGGUAGAACAGACAGAGACUCCUGAUAUGAUGCAAGAACGGGUCAAACACUUGAGCAGAGCCCCUACCAAAUUUGACAAAGUUGUCAAGAGAGAAAUAUGCAGGAUUUCUACCCAAGCCACAAGAACCUUUAGCUUUAUAGAUGGUGAUACGUGUGAAGCACAGAGCAGCUAUCUUCUUGCAGUCACUGAAAGGCCUUGUGAAGGGAGCUCCGGUGGGGAGAGUGUCUACGGUGUGUGCAUUGUUGAAACAUCAAUUGGCAAAUUCUAUAUUGGCCAAUUCCAAGAUGAUCGUCACAGUUCUAGGUUUAGGACGCUCAUUGCUCACUAUCCCCCUGCACAGGUUUUGUUUGAGCGUGGCAAGCUGCUUCCGAAGACCCAGCAACUCCUGUCGAACAACCUGGUCUCUGUUCUCAAAGACUCUCUCCUGCCUGGAUCAGAGUUCUGGGAUGCCUCCAAGACGCUCAAGGCACUCAUGGAGAAGGGCUACUUCGAGGACAGCGAGAGAGACAAGGAUGGACAGGAGAAUGGUGAGAAGAGAGGAUUGAGCUGCUGGCCAGAUGAACUGAAGGAGAUGCUGUCGGAUGCCGACUCUCUUGGUCUAACUCCCAAAGAUGGGUGUGAGAUGGCUCUGUCUGCUCUUGGGGCAUGUACAUGGUACCUCAAGAAAUGCUGUCUAGAGCAGGAGCUACUGUCCAUGAGAAACUUUGAGGUGUACAAACCCCUGGAUGUUGAGGCUAGCAAACCCUCCUCGCCCCUCCCAUCCUUCACAUCAAAACAACACAUGGUCCUAGACAGUAUCACACUGAGUAACCUGGACAUACUAGAGAAUAGCAGUACAGGGACUAGAGAGGGCACCCUACUUGAGACUCUGGAUCGCUGCCGGACGCCAUUCGGAAAGAGGCUCUUCAAACAGUGGCUCUGCACCCCUCUGUGCAAUCCAAAGUCUAUUAAUGACAGACUGGAUGCCAUUGCAGAUCUCCAUAGCAACCCGGACAUCGUAGCAGAGGUUGUGGAACUUAUCAAGAAGCUGCCUGACCUUGAGAGAUUGCUCAGCAAGAUCCAUACGCUUGGUUCUUCAAAGAGAAACUCAGAUCAUCCAGACAGCAGAGCCAUCUUCUUUGAAGAUGCUGUUUACAGCAAACGGAAGAUCAGUGAUUUCCUCACAGCUCUGGAUGGCUUUGAGAGUGGUCUCAAAAUUGUCAAACUCUUCAAGAAAUCUGUUCCAGAUUUCAAGUCAUCAUUACUGAAGGCUUGUAUAUCUCUGAAGUCCACUGGAUGUAGAGGCAAAUACCCUGACUAUGCUGACACCUUAGAGUUCUUUGAGACUGCAUUUGAUCAGAAGAAAGCCAAGGAAAAAGGAGCCAUCAUCCCAUGCAAGGGUGUCAUUCCAGAGUAUGAUAACGCCAUCUCUGACAUCGCUGAUACCAAAGACAGACUACAGGAAUACCUGGACAAACAGAAGAAAAGACUUGGCUGUAGGAACAUCGUCUACUGGGGUACCGCCAAGAACCGGUUCCAGAUGGAGAUUCCGGAAUCUGCCCUCUCUCGUCACAUCCCUGAAGAGUACGAGCUCACAUCCUCCAAGAAGGGCUUCAAACGCUACUGGUCUCCCACGAUCCAGAAUCUGCUGGCCGAUACGAUGAAUGCGGAGGAUAGGCGUGAUGCUGCCCUCAAGGACUCCAUGAGGAGAGUCUUCCAUAAGUUUGAUGAGCACUACAAGUCAUGGGAUGCUGCCAUCCAGUGCCUGUCUGUUCUAGAUGUCUUAAUGUGCCUUGCUGAGUACAGCCAGAGUGGAGAGGGCAACAUGUGUAGGCCAGACAUAGUCCUUCCCUCUGAGAAUGAACAGCCCUACAUCGCUAUCGUAGAGGGACGUCAUCCUUGUAUUGCUCAUACCUUUGCCGGGGGAGACUACAUCCCAAAUGAUACAUUCAUCGGUAUCGUAAAUGAUAAUGAGAUGGAUGAAGGAGAAGAAAACCAUGGCAACAGCAGCUGCAUCCUGGUGACGGGUCCCAACAUGGGAGGCAAGUCCACACUGAUGAGACAGGCCGGUCUGAUCAUCGUCAUGGCACAGCUGGGAUGCUACGUCCCUGCAGAGGGCUGCAGACUCACACCGGUCGACCGGGUCUUCACGAGGCUCGGGGCGAGGGAUAACAUACUCUCAGGUGAGAGCACAUUCUUCGUCGAGCUCAGCGAGACGGCAAGCAUCCUCAAACACGCCUCCAAGCACUCCCUCGUUCUGGUGGACGAGCUCGGGCGGGGCACGGCAACCUACGACGGCACCGCCAUAGCAACGGCAGUCGUGAAGGAGCUGUCAGAGGUGGUCGGAUGCAGGACGCUCUUCUCAACCCACUACCACUCCCUGGUGGAGGAAUUCUCACAUGACCCUAACAUCAGGCUGGGUCACAUGGCUUGUAUGGUUGAGAACGAGAAUGAAGAAGACCCUUCGCAAGAAACCAUCACAUUCCUCUACAAGUUUGUGGGUGGGGCUUGUCCCAAGAGCUACGGUUUCAACGCCGCCAGAUUAGCCGAUAUACCAGACGAGAUCAUCCUCGUUGCUCGUCAAAAAGCCAAGCACUUUGAAGAAUCGGCCGAGAGAAUGAAAUUUUUCCGGUCUGUCCACAAGAUGUGUGGAGCAUCGUCCGGGCUGGAUGUCUGCAAGCUGAAGCAGAUCGUGGCAAGAGUGUAAGAUGCAAGUCUGGGAUCUGUACAGAUCCUCUAAGGCUUUAAAGCCCCACUGCACAAUUCAUAGCUAUUUGCUCCCUCUAUAUAGCUAACAAUGCCCAAUUGGUGACCAUUGGUCCCCCAUAAUCUCC